UCGGGAGGGCCGGGCCUCGGGGAGAGCUCGGCCCCGCUCCGAGUCUCCUCUCCCUCCCUCCACAAGCACUCGGGGUAGCGCCGGGCGGCCCGCUUUGCAGCCCCGGCGUGCGCGGAGCUGCGGCGACCGGGCGUCGCACCGCACGCUUUGCGGGCACCGCGGAAGGCGAGGGGUGUGAGCCCGUCCCUAAGUUUCACUUUUGUUUCCCCCUUUCUCAUCCUGUGACCCUUAGGGCAGAGUUCAUGUCAACACGCCUCCUCUGACGGCGUUGGUGUGGAGAAAUUCAUUCCAAUGCGUGUGAAAAUGUGUCAAAGAAAGAGAAAACGUCAGAGGAAUUUGAAGCCGAUACUAUGGAUCGUCCGGUAGACCUGCCAUUUGCUACUAUAGAUAUUAAAGAUGAUUGUCGAAUCACUGAUGAACCUCAAAUAAAUUUGAAGAGAAGUAAAGAAAAUGAACAGAGCAAGAGUGAUCAAAUAAAGAAGAACAAAAAGCAAAAAGAUUAUCAACCCAACUAUUUCCUUUCCAUUCCGAUCACCAAGAAAGAGAUUACAGGAGGAAUCAAGAUCUUGCAAAAUGCAAUAAUACAACAAGAUCAGCGACUGGCCAAAGCAAUGGUUGGUGAUGGUUCCUUUCAUAUUACCCUGCUAGUGAUGCAAUUAUUUAAUGAAGAUGAAGUAAACCUGGGUAUUGAUGCUCUUUUGGAAUUAAAACCAUUCAUAGAAGAAAUCCUCCAAGGAAAACAUUUGAUUUUGCCCUUUCAAGGUAUUGGCAAUUUUGGAAAUCAAGUUGGAUUUGUGAAGCUGGCAGAAGGAGAUCACAUAAACCCACUUUUGGAGAUAGCAGAGAUUGCAAAAAGGACAUUUCAAGAAAAAGGCAUCCUGGCAGGAGAAAGCAGAGGUUUUAAACCUCAUUUGACCUUCAUGAAAUUGUCAAAAGCACCAUGGCUCCGGAAGAAUGGAGUGAAAAAAAUAGACCCUGAAUUAUAUGAAAAAUUUAUCAGUCACAGAUUUGGAGAAGAAACGUUGUAUCGCAUAGAUCUUUGCUCCAUGCUGAAGAAAAAACAAAGUAAUGGUUAUUAUCACUGUGAGUCUUCAAUUGUGAUUGGUGAGUUGGAAAGCUCGUCCUCUGCAGUGCUACAGAGAUACAGCAAAGAUGUACCCAGUUGGCCAAGUGGUGAAAAGAACGGAGGGGAGCCCGAUGAUGCGGAGCUGGUAAGGCUCAGUAAGAGGCUGGUGGAGAACGCAGUGCUCAAGGCUGUCCAGCAGUAUCUGGAUGAGACACAGAAUAAAAACAAGCCAGGGGAGGGGAGCUCUGUGAAAACGGAAGAGGCCGAUCGGAAUGGCAAUGACAGUGAGAACAACAGGAAAUGAGUCCCCAGCCAGGUUCCUGCUGCUCCCUGAAAAGCAUCCCUGCUCCCCUCUGCCGAGUCUAGAGACUGACUUGCCAUGUGCCGUUUAAGUUUCUCUUGUCCAGUCCGUGGGGAUUGCCUAAUAUUUUUGUGAUCGAUGUGUUUGCAUUUCUGAAACACAACAGAAGAGGAAUAGAGUGCUGGGACUGGCAGAGGAAAUUACUUUAUGAAAGAAGAAUGUCCCAAAUUUCACUUCCCCUCCACCAGGCACGAGGGAGAGGGGACUUGGGUUAUGCCUCCUGGACACAAAGGCCAUGGAAGAGGCCUUGGCAUCAGCAGAAUACUGCCAUUUAUAUUGACUAGCAGGGCAUUUGACUACUUUAUCUGAGGCCAAAACUCUCACAACACAGCUAUCAAGUGCUAAGUCUGAAAUAACCACUGUUGAAAUGAUCAUCUGUACUAGUCCGUGUUUCAUGUUUGUCCUAAAUGUGCUAUUGCUAUGCAGUGAUCUUUAUUUAUAGUCAAUUAUGUCUCAUGUAAAUGAUAUAUUUUUGGUGAAAUGCAACCUUUUCUAUAAAAUGUGGGCAACAUUUUAAAGGUUUUUUUAACCUUAAUUUUGAUAAGUCAGUGUGCCAUAUGUGAUGUUUUUCAUUGGCAUUUGUACUUUAAAUGUAUUAUAUAAUUUUUUUUUUCUUAGGCAAGAAACCUAUUGGAAUUCAAGACUUAAUUAAUGAAGCAUUGCAUCAAGAAAGGAUGGGUCUGAAGUCCAAAGUGAAACAGAUAAAGGAACUUUUAUUAAAGCCUGAGACUCAGGACAAAAUUAGGAAGGAGCUUUUUGAAGGAAGAUUCAUUAGCAACAGUAAUCAGGCAAAUGAUGUUGAUUUUGGCAUGACUUUGACAUAAGCUCUACAUUGCUAUUAUGGCAACAUAGUUUGUGAAAUCUUUUCAGCUUAUUAAAUAACUCUUUGGUAAAUACCAAAGAAGUGUUCUGACAGUGUCUGCACAACAGCAAACCAACAUUUGGUAAGGAAUUAAGUUCUUGCCAAAGAAAACCGAUUCAGCCCUAUUACUUUUUGAGCUAAACUUGUGUUUUAGAAUGUCUGUUAUAUUGAUAGUUGUUUUAUAGAAAUGGCUUCUUAACUAGCUGUUGUGAGAUGUUUCUCGAGUCCUUGCAGAUAAGAAAUACAGACUGUGAAAAAAAUCAUUUACAGACAAAAAAACAAAGCCAACAACAGUAUUUUAAGGGUCACUUGCCUCCUGUUAACAUGAUUGUUGUUAAAUCAAAAGAAGUAUUGUUCAGGCCCGUCUACAUCUAGUGUUACUUUUAAUGAGAAUUUGAAUGUUUAUUGAGCAUUAGUACUUGAAUGAACAUUUAUAAAUGUAAUUAUUGCAAUCACUGGUUAGGAAUGUUUUAUAAUAUCCAUAUAUUAUUUUUCACAGAUCAAAAUGUAGUUUGCUUUUUCAUUUCUUAAUGAAUAAAUGUUUGGGAUUUUUAUUUUCUACUUUUUUGAAGAUAAUCUCCAGGUUUUAUCAUAUCCCUUGUAAUCUGAAUUUGUUUGCACUGGUUUAUUUUUAAAGAGCACUCUUGAAAAAUUUCCCCAAAUGUGAUGAUUAUUGUUAACAGCUUUUUCUAUAGUCAUUGUAAAAUUGCUGCUACCAAUAGAUCAUGAUGGAGGGGGAAGUUAUUGGAGAUCAAAUAUGUAAUCAUUUCAAAUAUAAAAUCCAGUUUACUCAUGGAUUUUAGCUAUUUUUUCACUGGGUAAAUUAUACUACAUUUAUUUAUAAAUGAGUUUAUGCAUUUUCAUGCCUCUUAAUAAAUGUAUUGUUUUCCCUU